AUGACAGGACCCAUGGUAGCCGCAAUGACACCGACAGCCUCAGCUACAGCCUCAGCCACACCCACAGCAGCAGCAAUGAAUGGCACAGCAGAAGCAGCGCCACUGCCAGUAGCAGCCAUGAAGCUGCCAGUGACUGAAGAAGACGACGAUGAAGAAGAUCUGCACAGAGGCUUGAUGGUUUCCGGAGGUCCUUUCGAAAACGCCAAGAGAAAGUCGUCGUGGAGCGCCACGUCCAUGAGGAAGGAAUUGGGAUCUCCCAGAAUGGCGUCGCAUGGAGAAACUGCCAACUUUGCGUUUUCCAACAACAAAGACGAUCCACAUGUACACGCACAUGCUCACUCUAACUCUUCCAGUCACACUUCACCUUUGGCAAGCAACAAUGCAGGCGUCUCUGCUAGUAUGGGAGUGGACACUGAUCACCAUCUAGAUACUGGUACCGGUACCAAUCUUACAUCUGACAAGGACACUGCCAAGUCCAAGAGCAAGAGCAGCUCUGCCAGCAACAGUCCUUCUGCUGGCAACAACCCCAACUCUACUACAAGUAAUAUGCAUGGCAGUGGAGCUGUCAAGCCACACGGUAAAACCAAGGACCGUUCUUGUGCAAGGGCUCCUGGAAUUCAGUUUCUGCAGGAGUUGGGGUCUGCUCUAGUUUCUUGUACAAGCCAAUCCAAUCACAACUCAAAAUCAGGUCAUGGACACAACAGUUCUAAAAGAUCAUCCUCAUCUUCUUCAGCCUGUUCCAAUGCUUGUUCCAAUGCCAACAAUGCAUACAACUCAAACUCAAAUGGCAAUUCAAACUCCAGCUCAAACAACAACACCAGUUGGGAAGUGCUCAAAGAUUACCUUCACAAGGCUGUCAAGGGAGAUCUCGAUCUAGAAGCUGCUAAAGAAGCAUGGAGGAAAACUACGCAGUACCACUCAUCACGGGCUCAGUGCAGAGAUGAUUACUAUUACUCAAACUCACCUGAUAUACACUCACUGGGAAGUCAUGACUCCAUUCUCACAUCAGACAACUACUCCGUUCUCAACCAAAAACAGGCCAUGCUACUGCAACAGGAGGAAGAAGCAUUGCAGCUCAGAAGACUCACUUCCUGGGGGACCGUUGGCACUUAUGAAACCAUUGAAACCAAUGGCACUACCAACAACAGCAAGUCUAACUCCAUCACCAGCCACAGUAUCAGCUCUGCCAAUGGACACAACAACAGCAACACCCCUGCUGCUAAUGGUACGGACCCAAGUACUGGUACGCCCAAGGCAAACACAAACACCAACACCAACAAUGGCGCCUCCUCACAAGACAAACCAUCCAGCAAUCGGCGCAAGCGAGUCGUACGGUUCGACUAUCCACCCAUCAGUUCACUUCGAGAAUGCCCCAGAACACAACCAGAACAAAUCAGAGAUCUAUUCUUCACGGAACACGAACUCGAACAGAUCGAAGACGAUAGAUACUCUACCAUCAGUGCCGAUGACGUCGAGAUUGUCGCUAUCUCCACAUCCACCACUGCAGAAUCAGAGUCCAUGGACGAAAAUGGAAACCCACUUCCAAACUCGCCAAGCGAUCAAGAUCCUUCCACCGGAAACUUUCGAAACUACGUGGCCACUCCUUCUGUACUGGCAAACAACAAGAACAAGAAAGAUGCUUCCAACAACAGUACCAAUAUGGGCAAGAAACAUCAUCACCGCCUACGAAACUUCUCCUUUGACGAUAUGGUGCCCAACACAAACCGAAACAACAGCAACGGACAACAAGAACGACCCACUUCCACAGGGUCGUCGUCAUGCUCUGCUACUGGAAAGCGAAAUGGAUCGUCUCGCCGCUCCGCUAGACGGUCAUCCUCGUCAAACAUUCAACACAGCGACAGCAACACGGAACAACAAAACAAGGCUGCGGCGUCGUCGCCUUCCUCGGCAUCGGCCGCCUCUUCUCGACGCAUGAUCAAAAGCGUACAAAUCUAUCUCAGGGAACGAUCCGUGGGGUGA